GUUUAGUCUUUGGGGUAACCCACAGAGUACAAUUGUAGGGCUAACCUCUCAAAAUAAAUCGAAGUUGGUUUUGUCUAUGAGAAGCAGAAAUUAUGAAAGAAAUGGUGCUGUCGUCAACGCAUCGGUAUUCGCUGUAGCUUGUCAUAUUAACUAUUAAAGUUUAUUAUAAUAUCACGCAGUUUAUACCUAACACAUGUCUUACAGUUUUAUCAAUUAACUAAAAUUGAACAUGGAACCGGCUAAUACCGGAACCGGUUCGCCUGGUCUGGGACCUCUUAUUCCACCGGCUAUGCUAGGCGGUAUGGCACCACCUAUGCCUCAGUCUGUAGGCAUACCUGCCUCAGCAGUUGGGAUGCCACCUGUGCCAGGUAUACCUCCGAACAUGGCUGGUAUGCCGCCGCCGAUGGGUUUCCCACCUAUGAUUCCGCCUUUUUCAAUGCCUCCACCAGGAUUUCCGGCAUUUAAAGCUGAUAUGAAUGCGCCUGCUCCUGAUAUUGCUCCAUUGGCUAACCAAAGCAGUCCUUGGUCUGAACACAAGGCUCCAGAUGGAAGAACUUAUUACUAUAACUCUGUUAGUAAACAAAGUCUUUGGGAGAAACCUGAUGACUUGAAAACCCCAGCAGAGAAAUUAUUAUCUGCCUGUGUUUGGAAAGAAUACACAACAGAAGCUGGUCGUGUAUAUUACCACAACAUAGAUACAAAAGAAUCCAGCUGGAUUAUACCUAAAGAGCUGGAAGAAAUCAAAGAUAAAAUCGCUGCUGAAGAAGCUGCACAGGCAGCACUCAGUGCAGACGUUCCACCUGGAGAAGUGCCUUUGCCAAUGUCUCCAUCAAAUCAGACUGGAAGUUCAGCCUUAGAUGAGGCAAUGGCUAAAACGCUUGCAGCUAUAGAUCCGAAUCUUGCCAAUUCUAUACCAAUACCAGAAGAAAGUAAACCUGAAGAAAUGAAUGUUCCAACACAAAACAAUGUUAUUGAGGUACCAGAAAAUCCACCAGAAUUACAAUACAAGGACAAGAAAGAAGCUAUUGAGGCUUUCAAGGAACUUUUAAAGGACAGGAAUGUACCAUCAAAUGCAACUUGGGAGCAGUGUGUAAAGAUAAUAUCUAAAGAUCCUCGCUACGCGACUUUUAAAAAACUCAAUGAGAAGAAACAAGCAUUUAAUGCUUAUAAAACACAAAAGUUAAAGGAUGAAAGAGAGGAACAAAGAUUAAAAACUAAGAAAAAUAGGGAAAACUUAGAAGAAUUUCUACUAAGCUGUGACAGAGUGACAUCAUUGACCAAAUAUUACAAAUGUGAAGAAAUGUUCAACAAUCUUGAGAUAUGGCGCUGUGUUCCUGAAUCAGAUCGUAGAGAUAUAUUUGAAGAUUGCAUAUUCACAAUUACAAAGCGUGAAAAAGAAGAAGCUAAGACUCUGAAGAAACGCAACAUGAAAAUGUUGGCACAGGUGUUAGAGAAUAUGAGUGAAAUCACAUACAGUAGUACCUGGAGCGAGGCGCAGGUGUUACUUCUAGAAAACUCUGCCUUUAAGAAUGACGUAAGCUUAUUAGGCAUGGACAAAGAAGACGCACUUAUUGUGUUUGAACAACACAUAAGGAAUUUAGAAGCAGAAUAUUUACAAGAGCGGGAACAAGUUAAAAAGCGGAAUAAGAGGCAGCAAAGAAAGAAUAGAGAUAACUUCUUGGUAUUACUGGAUACUUUGCACGAAGAAGGUAAACUUACCUCAAUGUCUUUAUGGGUCGAGUUGUACCCAGUUAUAUCAGCUGACAUGCGGUUCUCUGCUAUGCUUGGACAGAAUGGCUCUACGCCAUUAGAUUUGUUUAAAUUCUACGUAGAAAAUUUGAAAGCACGUUUCCACGACGAAAAGAAAGUAAUUAAGGAGAUUUUAAAGGAAAAAAGCUUUGAAGUGAAACCUGACACUACUUUUGAAGAGUUUGCUACUGUUGUUUGCGAGGACAGCAAGUCGGCAUCUCUCGAUGCAGGCAAUGUCAAGCUCACUUACAAUUCAUUACUAGAGAAGGCCGAAGCUAGAAACAAAGAAAAGAUGAAAGAAGAAUCGAAAGCAAUGAAGAAAAUAGAAAGUGCCUUUAAAUGGGCAUUGACUGAAGCAAAUAUAGACCAUCAGCUGUCGUGGAAUGAGGUCAAGGAGAAGUUAGAUCUGAGUGCGCCGGAGUUCGCGGCCGUGCCCUAUGAAGAAGAUAGAGUUCGGAUAUAUAAAGAUUUCCAACAUGAACAGGAGGAAAGUUGUUUGCAUUACCAUCAUCCGAAAUCCAAGAAAGCAAAGCGCUCCAAGAAGAAGAAACGCUCGCAUUCUGCUUCAUUGUCCAGGUCGCGGUCUCCGUCGCCCAUUCAAAUUGCUCGCUCGCCGUCGCCAGCUCCCAGCCAUGGCACAUGGACUUCGGAUGAAGGCAGAAAACACAAGAAGUCAAAGAAGAAGCAUCGCAAGCACUCGCCGCUACCUAAAUCUCCGACUCCCGAAGAGGGUGGUAUAACAGAUGACGAAGCAAUUCGCCACAAGAGUAAAAAGUCGAAGCGUAGUGCUCCUAGCAGUCCUGAGGAGGAGACGCACGAGCUCCCACAUAAACCUAAGAAGAAGAAAGAUAAGAAGGAAAAGAAAGAACGGUCCAGUGGAUCGACAGCGUGGAGUGAUGCGGAACUGGAGUCCCGUCGCGCCGCCUUGUUGGCCCAACUGCAUGAACACGAGGCAGACUGACGUCGCGUUACUCACAUACAUAUCUUCAACGACUAUCCCAAAGCGCCGGCCGCGACCACUGCCACGGCUACAACCUUGCCCACGGCCGCGGCUGCCACCACUGCCACGGUGACAGCCCUAGCUACUGCCACGGUCACGGUCAUGGCGACAGUUACAGCCACUGCCUCCACCUCGGCUGCAACCACGCCGCUGUCUGGCUCACCUCAACAACACAUCGAAAUCGCCGAAGUUGAAGACUCUCAAUACAACUCAGACAAUUUCUCAGAAUCAUAAAUCCAAAGUGAUACCACAAGACUUUCUGUUUUACAAUACAAGUUUAUUUUAUAAAAAAUAUUGUAUACUAGAACUUUUUAUUAUUACUGAAUGUAUGUAUCUUAGUUGCUGCAUAUAACGUGUGAUAAUUCCUGAUGUUGCCAUAAUAGUAAAAACUUUGCAGACUAAACUUUUUGCUCAAUAUUUUCUCCAAUGAUAUAAAAUAUCAUUGGAGAAAGUAUGCAAAACCAAUGAUUCAGAAUUUUCACAUUUCUAAUGUAAUUAAAUGUAACAUAUAUUAACAGUAACAUGCUGGCUUAGAAAUGAAGUUGUUACUGUAAUUAAGAUUGUGGGUUACGAUUAAGUUGUCUUUCCGAGUAAAGUGACACAAGGCAUCAUGACCAACUGCACAAACUACAGUUGAAAGAGAAUGGAAAGUGAAAAGUAAUAUUGAGUAAUGUUCUUUGCUGGUAUAUUCCACAUUGAUAAAUUAAAAUAUUAAGAAAUAGAACUAAUAGGAAUGAUCAAUAUGCAUUGGCUCCUUCUGCCAUAAUAUAAUAAGUCACCAAUGUGUGUCAAAUAAUAAAAGAGUAAAUCAGCAGCUUUAUAUGUUUGGAGUAUGGUUAUUUAAAAUUUUUAUUUAUAGAUAUUAUGGCAUUAAAUGUAAUGGAAUGUC